AUGAAAGGCUUCACAAGCUGGUUUACAGGAAAACCCAACGAGGAAGAAAAAGCGAGAUUUAACUAUUUGCAAGACUCCAGCAAGCCGCUAAAAAAGCGAUUUUCAAUACUACUACAGAUCACAAAAAGUUUAGAAAAAUCUGCUUCAUAUCCAGGUUACAAUGAAAAAUUGCAUGAAUUUUUCAAGGAAUAUGGAGAAGAUGCCUCAAAUAUUUGCUUGAGCCUUCUGCGUAACCUAGAAGGCUCCAAAACCAAAGGGAAAAAUGUGUCCUGGGAUGACAUUUUAGCAGUCUUUAAGAUGUUGAUUGAGAUCACGCGAUAUGGACAAAUGAAUCGUGUGGUAGAAGCCCAGGAAAUCGCUUGUGUGUGUCUUUAUGAGGACAAUAGAUGAGAAUUAAGGGACAUUGGGUUUACUUUGUUGCUAAAUCUGCUAAAUUUCAAUAUAAAUUUGCCUUACUUACAGCAUUUGUUUUUGGCGUCAUUAGAUUUGUCUCAGUUUCGGUCUGAAGAUAGUAUAGAAAUAAUUUUCCCAGACAGGUCGAUAUUGACAACUGGGCCAAACCCUCUGCAUUUCCCAUGACUGACUUUAGCACAGGAAGCAGUAAGGAAAUCAACACCAGCUACAACGAUGAAGGAACUAAAAGAAUUAGAACAAAUGACUGGACAAUCGUUGACUAUAGGGAUUAAAAAUACAUUGUUAUUAAUUAGCAAGGUUUUUGAGUAUUCUGUAGAAACAGAUAUUCCUCCUAGCCUUGAAUCUAAGCAAGAGCAUUUUAAACGAUGGUUCAAUUUAUUAAAAAAGACUUUAUUAUUCUUAAUUUACCCAGGACACUGCACAGGGGGCGAAAAUAUGAGUAAUGACUGGGGCUUCCGAAAUGGCACUCCGCCGACUUUGCAGUAUAUAAUUUCUAAUUGGUUUAUAAAAUACAUCAAAGACCAAGAAAUCUUAGACUGCUUGCUCAUCAAUGUAACUGACUAUGAGUUUGUUAUAAAUACUCUAGGCCUCUCCUUUAAAAUGUCAGAAAAUUAUAUUGAUGUUUGCUAUAAAACUGCGAAUAAAUGCCUGAAAUUGUUUGAAGAAUGGAUUGAUGGACGUCAAAAACCCUCAAUUGACAACCCACUUGCACAGAAACAUUUAGCGAAUUAUUUGCCUCAUUGUAUCAAUUUAUUUGAUUUUUCUUCAGAUUUUAGCCCAAAAAGGAUUGAUUUAUGCAAAAUCAUGAUAAAGCUGUUAGAAAAAUUAAGAAUUAAGGAGGAUUUUUGAAAAGUAAUCCAUGAUAUUUCGCUGAAUUUGGCCGAGAAAUUAGCUGAAACUCAUUCAUUGACCAAACCAUUUCAUGAUAUUAUAGAGCCAACUGCAGAAUUUUUAUUGUCAACUGUUACAACAAUUUUUUCAAAAACGACUAUAGAUUGGGUUAAUUAUUCAAAAAUUAUGAUAUAAAUAAUUAAUUUUUUAAAAAAAAAUCAUUAUUAAAAAACAAGAAAUAUUAUAUUUUAUUAAAAAUAUAGCAUAAUUUAACUAUUAAAUAGCGAUUUUAUAUUAAAUUCAAUUCAUAUAUGUAUAUCAGAAGAUGAUCAAAAAUAUCAGAGCCCAUUGUAGAGCAUUGGCAUAAAAUCAUGCUAGAUUUAACAGGAAAACUAAAAGAAAUUAAUUUUCAGUCUUGUCUUUUGCUUGAUAACUGGCUACAAAUGUUAAAUAUAUUAGGAGAGCCUUUAAAUUUUAUAGAAAAAGUCCAGAAUUAUUGGGCGAAUUCUGUAAAUGAUAUAGUCAAAUUGAUUAUUUCAUAUCCUUUAUCAUCAGCAAGUCCUAGUAAAUUAUUAGGAUUUUUCUUUUAUUCUUUUUCUGAUUAUUUCCAGCCAAAAUAAUCAUAAUUUAUCCAAAAAUAAAGCUUAAUUUUAGAUAUAAUAUAUUCUUUCAAGGCUAAUUCGUAUGAGUAAAAGCAAAGAAACACAAAUAAUUGCAUUUAACACCCUUACCUCACUAUUUAUCAAUACAAAAUGCGAAGAACUUCCAAUGGAUUGCUAUAUACAGCAACUCAGCUUAAUUUUAUUUUUAAGCACUCAAAAGCCACAUUUACACAUAAGCAUUUUAGAAUCAGCCCCAAAACUUUUGGAUUUUCCAGGCAUGCAUUUUUUAAUUAAAAGCUACUUAGAGAUCUGUGAAAAUAACUACCCACAAGCAUUGAAAUUGAUUUUUUAUAUUAUGUGCUUUCCAAAUUACUAUAAAAAUACGCCUCUAUUUGACCCAGCUGAUGAUCCAAUGACGUAUGCUGAUUUAAAGCCUAUAAUAAAAAACACCCUUACUUCCUUUAUUAUUUAUGUAGAAUCCAUAAUUUGUGCAAGACCUAUAUUAUCAUAAGAUUUUAUUUUAUGCAAAUAUUUUUUUUUUUUAAAAAAAUUAUUCACUGAUUUAGAAAUUUGUCUUGAAAAACCUGAAUUAUCUUCAUCAGUGCUUUAUGGGCUAACAGUAUUCGCAUUAGAAGAAAUCACCUCAGAAAUUCAUGACUCAUUACCCUUAAUUACAGAUUUAAUCCUCAAUAAAUGUUUAAGCUUAGAAGACAAUACAGCACUUGCUGCAUUUCACUGUUUACAGCCACUAGUAAGUAUACUUCCGAAUUUAUGUGAAAAAAUCCUUGUGUUUUUAAUAGAAGAAGUUUUAACAACAGUAUCCACAACCAGGGAAAAAGUCUUAAAAACUGCUUUAAAUGCAAUACAACACUGUUUAUUGACAAGUCCUAUCAUAUUUAAUGAAGAAAUUUUAACAAACUUAUUCAGCUCUUUAUCAAUUUUAUUGAUAAGUGUAGAAGGAAACCAGACUCUUGAAGCAGAAAUCAACGCUUUAAGCUCAUUUUUGUCGAUUUAUUAUUUGAAUUUUCCAUUAAAGCAGCAAUCUUCAGCUGUUUUCCAAUCUUUGGUAAAAGAUGAUGAAUUUUUGGAUGAAAAUUCUCAGAUUUUGCAUUUUGCGUUAGGAACUUCGGUGAUUUUUUCAAUAAUUUUGUCCACUAAUAAAGCAAAAUUUAUUAUAUCUUAUCUAUAUAAGCCGAUUUUAUAAUUAUUAUUAAAUAUUUUUGCAUAAAUUUACCAUAAAAAUAAUCUAUUGAUAGUUUUAUGGGAUAUUAGAAACCAAUUCGGGAAAUUUUGCUGGGAAUCUGAAGACUACCGAAUUUUUGAAAAUUCCACCAAAACUGAAGAAUUUUUAACAAUUUUAAACGUAAUCCAAUCAACAAGUAUUGAAUUAAACUCCCAAGACCCUCCAACAAAAUUAGAUGAUGAGCCAUUACUGCCUUUAUUAAUAGACUAUAUAGCAAAUACCUACUCAGAAUGCUAUGUAAAAGAUAAAGCUAUUGAAGCUGGCCAAGAGAUGCUAACUCCCCCGUUGAUUGAACAAACCAUUGGAAAAAUCCCUAUUUUUAGGAAAAAAACCUCCGAGCAAAUGCAUAUAAUGAGAUAUCUAGCUAAUUCUAUUGAUUUUAAAUAGCUUGCAUUUUAAACAUAAAUUUUACAAAUUAAAUUCAAUUUCGCUUUCCAAUUUUUGCGGAUUGGGAUUUAUUAAAAUUCUGAAAAAAUUUAUAUUUAAAUCGUUUAAAAAAAAUUAACCACCUCCAUGAGCGAACAAAUUUUUUUCCGCUGACAGGGAGGAGUAAGAUUAAUGGACAGUGUAGAAGAGCUAGAAGCAGAAUGUGAAGUAAUAGAAAGCAGAUCAGUUCCCCCAGCUCCAAAUUUCAGCAUGAUUAGAUAUUUUGUGUCAAAUUUUGGGUUACUACAGAAACUUGUACCAUUAGAAUCUGGUGAAAAAUUGGAUCGAGGAGUUGUGUUGCUCGAUAACUGCCAGCCAAGAGAGCCUAUAAAAAUUGGAAUUAUUUAUGUAGGCCCAGGUCAGCAAGAUGAAAAAGAAGUUUUAGCGAAUUCCUUUGGGUCAUUAGCUUUUCAAAAGUUUGUACAAAGCUUAGGAAAUGUUGUUGAUGUUAGGCAACAUAUAGGAAAUCUUGGAGGUCUUGAUCCAAGUGGCUCAGCAGGAAAUAUAACAAUUUCAUUAAAUUUUUUUUUAAAAAAAAAAUUUAACCAUCUUCAUUGUUUUUUGAAAAAAAUAAAAAACCAAUUUCUUAUGCAGAUUUUCAAUAUGAUGUAAUUUUUCACGUUGUUCCUUUAAUGCCUACUAUUGAAUCUGAUGAGCAGCAAGUGCUUAAAAAAAGACACGUAGGAAAUGAUAUAGUCCAUAUAAUAUGAAGUGACCAUUGGAGAGAUUAUAGACGUGAAACUAUGCUGACUCAUUUUAAUUUUAUUGUUAUUAUUAUUUACCCAUUGACCCCUAUGAUGUUUAGGAUACAAAUUUUGAAAAAAAUAGAAGUGGACACUGGGCCGCUACAAGAUGGAAUGGUCAUACCAUGGAAAUUGCUAGGACCACUGGUAAGGCAAACUGGGGCAGUCCUGAAAAUACCGUCAAUCGGUAUUUUCCGGAACUUUUUUUUUCUAUUAAAAGAACGUAAAAAUUUCAAAAAAAUCUUCGUUUUUUUCCAUGAAAAUACCAUAUUGGAACAAAAAUGUUUAAAAAAAAGUUCCUGAAAAUACCAUAAAGGUGAAAAAAAUUCGAUAUCAUGACAACAUAGUUUUAAACAGAAAAACAGACAAAUAAAUCUGGAUUUAAAGAGUAAAUAGUCUCUUGUUUGCUGAAGCGCAAUAAUAAUUUCAAAACAAAUAAAGGGAUUAUAUGAAUUCUAAUCAUUAUUGUUUAAAAAUCAAUAAUUUUUUUUUUUCCCUCAAAAUCGCAUGAAAAUACCGUCAUAAAAUUUUAAAUUGUGACAUGUGCGAUUUUAAUUGUAUGUUCAAAAUAAGUAUUAAUAAGAGCCAUAUACUAUUCGAGCUAAGGAAACUAUUAUGGCAAGCAAACAAAUUCAAAAGAUAUAACAAUAGAGUAUAUUUAUAUAUAUAUAAAAUUAUUUCAAAAAUUGUAGGAAAAAACCAAAAAUGUCUUUUUUUUUUUGAAAAAAUCGCAUGAAAAUACCAAUAGUAAAUUUUUAAACGGUCCAAAAUUCGCCUGAAAAAACCCGCUAAUGGAAAAAUUUUUUUUCAAAAAGUCCAUGAAAAUACCAAAUAGGAAUUUAUAAUAAAAUUCAAUUAAAUUUAGGUUCGACAAAUUUAUCGAAAUCAUCUAAAGUCAAAUUAAAGAAACUAAAUUAAGUAUAGUUGAAAACAAUAGUUUAAAGUCGAUUAUAUGAAUAAUAUUACAGUAGCGUGUAUCAAUUUUUUCGACAUAAAUUAAGUAGAAAAUUUUUAAUUUUAGCUGUCUAGUGGAAUAGAAUUACGAAACAGUGAGAAGUAGUUUAAACUGCACUUGGUCAAAUCAAAAAAACAUUGCUUUGAAAGUAGCUUUUGUAAAUUACCCAUAGGUCAAUUAAUACAAACCUAAGAAAAGCAUGAUAAAUGCAUUUAAUUCUGAAUUGCAAAUUCGAUAAUGUUAAAUCAAUUUAUUUUUUGACUUAACAGCUUCCACCCUCAAGGCCAUAGACAAUAGUAGUGGAAUCGAUUAGUUUUUACUAUUAAGAUAAAAAUAGAGAAGUCGGUUAUAUCAAAAUGCCUAGAUAUCAAAACUCAUUUAAAUAAUUUACUUAAUGCUUUUUAUAUUAACUAAUUUAAUGCUUUUUAUGGGGGCUUAUAGAAUCUAUAUAAUAAUAAUAAAUGGCUGAGCGUUUUAUGCAUCCUUUAUGGAAUUUUUAUAGAAAUUUUGAGAUCAAAAGAAAAUGCAAUAGCUUGAUGCCAGAGAAGUUUGGAAUCCUUAAGCCAAAUAUAUGUGAUUAUGCAAUGGAAUUAUUUAUGUAUUUUUGUGUGGUGAAAAUCCUUUUCUUCGUUGCACAAAUUGCAAUAUAAGCUUUUCAGUACGAAAAAGGUCUAUAUUUUACUAUUUCAGGCUUAAAAUAAAGAAAAUCGUACAACUGAUAUUCCGUUGUUUCGUUAGAGAGCAGCCUCUUAUUAACAUAGUAUAAGACGCAGAAUUUUUGAGAGUGUGUAAUAAAGCUUUCAAAAAGCUUUAAUUAAAGAAAAAAUAACUGAAGAAUAUGCUACAGAUACCUAACUUGGCUUAGAUAAUGAAGCUGGAGAAGUUUAUCUAACAGUUAAGUAGACGAAAAUCAUUUGACGACAAUAAAUGACAAUAAAUGAUGAUCCAAAAUUGCUAUUUAGUCUAUAUAACAGAGGAACUUAAGAUUUCAAAUUAUAUUAUAUUGGAAGUGAUAAAAGAUGGAUAAAUUUGCAUUGAUUUAUUAUAAGUUCAAAAAAAUCCAACUGAAAUAUUUAGUGAUGAAUAAGCAACCUAUAAUAAACUCCCUACAAUUGAAUAUCUCCAUUCAACUUUUAUCAUAUCAAAGCUUUGGCACAGAAAGGUUCAUAACAUAUAAUAUAGAAAAUUUAUAAAGCAGAAUAAAGAGGCUCAGAGCUUAUAGAAACUGAUUCCACCAAAAAAUAAAAAAGAGCUUAAAGAUCAUACCCUAUAUUUUUAAUGGCUCUUAAAGGAUAGGUCUAUUAUCUUUUAAUCGAAAUCCUUAAUUUUAAUAACUUCUAAUCUUUUUAAUGAAUUUAAAGAUUUUAUUAUUAAGUUUAGAUAGUUCAAUAUUAGAAAUUGCUUUAACAGACUUGUCUAUUUUUAUCUUAAUGGUAAAAAACUAAUCGACUUCACUGCUAUUAUCUAUAACCUGCUCCUUGAGCUUCUCAAAAUAGAAUUUUAACUGUUUCAUCUAAAAGAUUUGAGUUUUUUCCUUCACUUCAUGUAUUUAUUGUUUUUUUCUUCUUCACUAUUAGAGGAUGAAAGCUGUCAAGCAGAGAAAGAAAACUUCUGAAAAUCAUAGCUGUACAAGAUUGUCCGUUAUUCUGAAAUUCAGCAUGCUUCUAUCUAUCCUUGCUAGCUCUGCUCUUAGCUGUUGUCUUUCCAGUUCAUAUAUCAGACAGUCUUCAAUAGCAUGACACUCAUAUUCGGCAACGUCCAAAUUUUCACACAGAAGGCUGCUCGAGGUUUUCCUCAUGUGCGUAUAGCAGCAUAUGAGUUAAAACCAGCCCUUAACCUAUGUAUUGCCCGUAUUAUGUGGAAAUCCUGGUAUUAGAUAAUAAAUAGAACGGCUUGGCCAAUUUUGUUCGGGAUUCUUGCAGUUUAAACUACUUCUCACUGUUUCGUAAUUCUAUUCCACUAGACAGCUAAAAUUAAAAAUUUUCUACUUAAUUUAUGUCGAAAAAAUUGAUACACGCUACUGUAAUAUUAUUCAUAUAAUCGACUUUAAACUAUUGUUUUCAACUAUACUUAAUUUAGUUUCUUUAAUUUGACUUUAGAUGAUUUCGAUAAAUUUGUCGAACCUAAAUUUAAUUGAAUUUUAUUAUAAAUUCCUAUUUGGUAUUUUCAUGGACUUUUUGAAAAAAAAAUUUCCAUUAGCGGUUUUUCAGGCGAAUUUUGGACCGUUUUAAAAAUUUACUAUUGGUAUUUUCAUGCGAUUUUUUCAAAAAAAAAAGACAUUUUUGGUUUUUUUCCUACAAUUUUGAAAUAAUUUUAUAUAUAUAUAAAUAUACUCUAUUGUUAUAUCUUUUGAAUUUUUUUGCUUGCCGUAAUAGUUUUCUUAGCUCAAAUAGUAUAUGGCUCUUAUUAAUACUUAUUUUGAACAUACAAUUAAAAUCGCACAUGUCACAAUUUAAAAUUUUAUGACGGUAUUUUCAUGCGAUUUUGAGGGAAAAAAAAAUUUAUUGAAUUUAAACAAUAAUGAUUAGAAUUCAUAUAAUCCCUUUAUUUGUUUUGAAAUUAUUAUUGCGCUUCAGCAAACAAGAGACUAUUUGCUCUUUAAAUCCAGAUUUAUUUGUCUGUUUUUCUGUUUAAAACUAUGUUGUCAUGAUAUCGAAUUUUUUUCACCUUUAUGGUAUUUUCAGGAGGUUCAAUCAGUAAAAUUUUAUGAUAUGGUUUUUUCAGGAACUUUUUUUUAAACAUUUUUGUUCCAAUAUGGUAUUUUCACGGAAAAACGAAGAUUUUUUGAAAAUUUUACGUUCUUUUAAUAGGAAAAAAAAAAUUCCGGAAAAUACCGAUUGACGGUAUUUUCAGGACUGCUCGGCAAACUGCGAUCCAUGCCAAUCAGCAAAUUAGGGGGAUAAAGCAUGCGAAUUAUGAAAAACAAAUCCAUGUGAGAAGAAGGCAAAUAGAAGAGUUAGUCCAAAGGUAUUCGCUGGAUUCAGUCCAAAAAUAUCAGACUUAUGCAUCGAUGUUUUAA